AUGACCUGGACCAAGUGUGUGGUGUUUGUGGUGGUCCUGAGCUUUCUGCAGAGUCGUGCAAAAGGAGAUGCUGAGGUGUCCUGUGUUUUCAUGCAGAGCUGCAUUUUACCGUGCAGCUUUAAAGCUGGCGAAGAUUUAGUCCUCCACUGGCACUUUCAGGUUGAAGGAGACAUUCCUGUUCACUCCUACUUCUAUAACAAAGACCAGUUAGACAAACAAAACAAGGACUUCAAAGGCAGGACGUCACUGUUCAACGACCAGAUCUCCAGAGGAAACGCCUCUCUCCUGCUGAGGGGGGUAAAGGUUCAGGACCAGGGCAAAUACAUGUGCUACAUCAGCUCCAAUACUCCCCCCGAGUCAUUCAUUAACCUAAAAGUGGACGCUCCGGUCCAUAAAGUCGACAUUCAGCAGGUAGAAAACAGGAUCACCUGCAGCUCAGAUGGGAUCUACCCUGAACCUGAGCUCACCUGGUCCACCAGACCUCCGUCCAACGUGACCCUGCAGAGCAACACCUCAGUCCAGCAGAAUGAACAGCAGCUCUACAGCAUCAGUAGUUCUCUGAGAGUUUCUGAUCUGGACUACAGCUGCACCGUCAGCACUCCUAGAAACAACAGGAGAGCCACGUGGUUUAAACCAACUUCCAUCACUGGCUCAGACACUGAAACAACAAUCCCCUGUACGUCCUCAAACACUCCUCUAACAGACCUCAUCUGGAGGUUCAACCACAGUCAGAUCAUCCUGAAGCAGACCGGGACCGACAACACUGUCUCAGAGGAGUGGAGGCAGCAGGUGAAGAGUGUUUCUGAGUACGGCAGCCUCACGCUAAAGGAGUUAACUUCAAAUCAAGAGGGGAUUUACACCUGUGAGCUCAGUAACGCUGAGGAGACAUACGUAACCAACACCUUUCUGAGGAUAGAGGAAAGUCCAGUAAAGGAGGCAAGAGACAGUCCCAAUAAUGAAGUAGCAAUUGUAGGCGUGGUGAUUGGAGCCGUUGUCGUUUUGGCAUUCAUCGCAGCAGCAACAGUCGGUAUAUAUAAAAGGAGACAGAGGCAGUCAGGAGGAGAGGACUCUACAGCCGGUGACAGAUCCAACGGUCCAAACUCUGUGUAA